AUGAUAAAUUUUACUGAAAAUAUAAUAUCGGUUCAUGCAUCAGCAGUGGAUUGUCUUGAACCAGCUCCAGAAUAUUAUGAGUGAGUUCUGAUUUAUUUAGCACAAACUUAACUAUAGUUAGCGAGUUAAUUCUUUAGAAAUCUGAUGCAUUAUUUGCAUUUCAUAACUCUUCCAAAUUAUAUAAUUUCUUUAUACGUUUUAAUUUGCAAUGCUCCACCAGCUCUUCGUCAAUAUCGUAAUUAUCUUCUCUGGCACACUUUCGGAAAUAUCAUUUUUGAAAUUUAUAUUUCCGUGUUCUUUCUCCCAGUUACAUAUUUACCUCUGGUUGUUUUUCGUGGAGCAGGAAUUUUGAAGUAUAACAACACUCAAGGCCUCCUCCAAUUUUACUUGAUGAUUUUCUGUGUUGUUCAUACAGGAACUUCAAUUCUCGAACUUUUUCGUUAUCGAUUUGAUGCUGCGAUUGGAGAAGAGACUUUGAGCAAAAAAAUCUUGCAUAAAAUUGUUAUAUUUUUCUGGAUUUUUGCGUUGGGUAUACCAAUUUUCUGUAUUAUCACAAUGCCAACAUGUGUUCCAAAACAAGAUCAUUUUAAGCAAAAUUUGAUAAGAGUAAGAUGAAAAUCUUGUACUUAUUGCAAAAUAUAAAAUAUUUCAGGAAUAUCCAAAUUCUCCAAUUCAAAUAUUAUGUGAUACAACUGUAGUUGCACCGCCUUUACUCGAUCCAAUAUUUACACCAAUAUUAUCUUUAAUUGUGUUUGCAAUAAUCACAGCUGCUAUUAUAAUUCCUCAUAUAACUGUUACAAUUUGGAUGCGAUUAGAUUAUUUAUCGAUGCAUUUAUCAGCAAAAACUGUGCAAUUACAGAAAAUGCUUCUAAUGAGUCUUUUCAUUCAGGCAGCAAUUCAUGGGACACUUUUAGGAAUUCCAAUUUUUGGAUUUCUUUAUGCGAUUUUAUUUUCACUUGAACAUGAUUGUAAGUUUUAUUCAAAAAACUUGAAUAAACUAAUGAAAUCAUUUAAAAAAACUAUUUUUCAGGGAUAGCCUAUAUUCUUUUACUUCUUGUAUCUUUUCACGGAAGCGUUUCCACUGUUGCAAUGGUUUAUUUCACCAAACCAAUACGUUUGGCCUAUGUUGGAGUUAUUUUCAGAAUUUUUCGAAUUGAGCCGAAAAAAGUAGAUGAUAUUGGUUUGGGUCAGCGCGAGAUUUUCUCAACGACUGUCGCUAGCAAAAAGUCGAGUGUGUUUUCAGUGACAGCAGUACAACUUUUUUGA